UCGACUGAAUGUACCCAAGCACUUGGCGGCACGGCAGAGGUAAAGAGUAAGACGAAGAGAGAAAAUGAAAAUAGGGGACAGGAAAAUGAAAUGGAAACUAACUAAUUUUACUUAAAAUAACUCUACCCUUUAUCAUACUCUUUAUCAUAUCUUUAUCUAAAUAUUGUCUAUUUUUAAAGUAGGUAUGCAAUGCCUAUUUGCCUACAAAAUUCCCACCGGAGGUGUGGCAGUCAGUUGCGGGAUUGUCAUAAGCGGAAUAUUCUCUUGAAUGCGCCCUCGGCCUCGUGGCUCCGGCGCUGGCCACGACGCUAGUUCCUCCUCGUGAGCGCGAGAAUUUAAAAGUCUACGCAUGUCUAACACCCAUGCAGAUUGGCUCGGUCUUAUCGCUCCCAUUUUGAUAUAUUUUGUGAAGGUGUUGUAUACUUCUUCUCUAUAGUGGAGUGGAACUGGCCGUGCGUUCUGCUUGAUCGGCGGGUGGUCUCCUGUGUCUAUUCGGAAAGUGAGCCAGGGGCAUGUUCCGAAAGAGAAAUUAUCCACUACAAAGACAUCAUGAUUAUUUCUCACAAUGUCUUCCACCAUUUUUCUUUGUGCUGGGGAGAUUUUCGGCUUCCCGGACCCUGGACCAGCAAUGACCCUGAUGUUGACAGCACCUGGGCAUCACCAGCUGUCGGGUGGGGGAGUCCUUCCUUCUCCUUAAGAGACACGCCAGAGUCGUUUUCCAGCUCAUCAGCUUCGAGAUCAGUUUCCAAAAAGCGUCAAAUUUGUCUAGGAAGUCAAAUCCUAAUAGAUUCUCCUCUACAUCUGCCUCAUAGACUGGGUAGUCGAACCUUCUUCCAGCUAUUGAGAUUUUCGUCAUUACUGGGCCAUAGAGUACUCCGGUAUGUGACGUUGCUCCCUUCAUCCUUAGCUUGGCUCUGGGUAUUUCUCUCCCUGUUCUUUUUAAUACUGUGA